GUUAGCAUCAACAAUGAGAGAAAGCGGAAGUACACUCCAGCACUGCUAAAGAACUUCCGGGGCAACGGACAAGCGCGCAAGAUUUAACCGGUUUGAUCAAACUCGCGGUUGUUUAAAGAUUCCAAACGUCGGCUGAUCAUUUCAAGAAUGGACGGGGAUGAAAUGGACGUGGCAUUUAAACAAAGCAUAAACGUAGAAGUGCACGUCAAGUCUCAAAGCACUGCCAAACUGUCUGAGGUGAAGUUGCGGGUGCAAACACUGCUGGACCGCCACCGGACGGUUUUCGGAAACUACAGAUGGACCGAGUUUGACGACGAGUUUCUCUCCAGACACGUGGAAUCUGUGUCAGUGGUUGACCUUGAUGAAAUGAUGGAACAGCCUGUUGAUUUAAAUAACUGCACUGUCUCCAUCUUUACGCUGAAUGAAGAUGGACCGAGCAUGCUCAGUUUAGAGGAGGAGGAGCUUUCAGCUGCAAAUCAUUGGUUGCUGCCAUCUGCUGAAUUUCAUGGAAUCUGGGAAAGUCUUGUUUAUGAGACUGGAGUCAAAACAAAGCUUCUGGAUUACGUCACUACAACCAUUUACUUCUCUGACAAAAAUGUUGACAGCAACUUAAUUUCAUGGAACCGUGUUGUGCUGCUUCAUGGGCCCCCGGGCACUGGAAAAACAUCCCUGUGCAAAGCUCUUGCCCAGAAACUGUCGAUCCGGCUGUCAGAUCGGUAUUCAUACGGCCAGUUCAUUGAAAUCAACAGUCACAGCUUGUUCUCAAAGUGGUUCUCAGAGAGCGGAAAGUUGGUCACAAAGAUGUUUCAAAAGAUUCAAGAACUGAUUGAUGACAAAGAAGCUCUUGUGUUUGUUUUAAUAGAUGAGGUAGAGAGUCUGACUGCUGCCAGGAAUGCCAGCCAGGCAGGAACGGAGCCCUCUGACGCCAUUCGAGUGGUCAACUCCGUCCUAACUCAGCUGGACCAAAUCAAACGACAUUCCAAUGUGGUGAUCCUCACAACAUCCAACGUGACAGAAAAGAUCGACCUGGCGUUUGUAGACAGAGCCGACAUCAAGCAGUACAUCGGACCCCCGUCUGAGAAAGGCAUCUAUAACAUCUUUGUCUCCUGUCUCGAGGAGCUAAUGAAGUGCCAGAUCAUCUCCCCUCGCCAGCCGCUGUUUACCAUGUAUGAGCUGGAAACGAUGUGUUUCACUAGCAGUGAGGUGUCUGAACACAGCCUGUGGCUAAUGGACAUCGCAAAAAAGAGCAAAGGUUUGAGCGGAAGAGCUCUGAGGAAAUUGCCUUUUCUAACCCAUGCACUCUUUGUGAAGACACCUACUGUAACUCUUGAGACGUUUCUGGAUGCUAUGAGUCAUGCAGUGGACAAACAAAGAGAGGAAAAGUCCAAUCUGAUCAAUAAUGUCUGAACUCCUCACAUCCCCUACAGGCUCGGUGAUUACUUGUGAGGCGUCUGCCUUAAAACUGUCAUUCAUCUUGUUUUUGCAUUUUUGUUGCCCAUAACAAAGGAUUUACUCAAGUUCUGUUGAUGUUGGCCCUAAAAGGCCAGGAUGUUGUUUGUAUAGGCACAAAAUAUGGACUAAGAUGACUGUAAAUUUGUUCUUUCGCUUUGGUUUAAAAUAAUGGUGAAGCAACUUUGCACUAAUUAAUGCCGGUUAUUUUUCCACAAGCAUUGCAACCUUUUUUUUUUUUUUUUUUUUUUCAUUGGGUAGUUCUGAACCUCAUAACUGAAGUGGCUGCUUCUCGUUUCUAUUAAAAUAAAUAAAAAUGUUUCUCCUUAAACAGUUUUGGCGUUUGAUCCGAUUCAAUUCUGCCAUGCUCUUCAUUUCAGCUGUUAUGCAUAAAUCUCUUCACGUGAAUGUGAAUAUGUUUGUUUUGUUCAUCCUUUAUUUUACUGCAUGGGUUCAUAUAUUCACUGUAUAAUAUAAAUGGCUUCACAAAAAAAA